AUGUCCCGACUGCAACAGGACCAGUUCGUCGACGAUGACGAGGAGGAGUGCUGCCCGCUCUGCGUCGAGGAGUUCGACCUCUCUGACAGGAAUUUCCGGCCCUGUCCAUGCGGCUACCAAAUAUGCCAGUUCUGCUACAACAACAUCAAAACCACCAUGAACGGGCUGUGCCCCGCAUGUCGCAGACCCUACGAUGACUCCACGAUUGAGUGGAAGACCAUCUCCCCCGAAGAGAUGGCACAGCACAAGCAGCUCAUAGCGCAAAAGGCCAAGAAGAACGCGCAGAUACGGCAGAAGGAAGCGCAGAAGGCCGAAGCCGACUCUCUCAGCCGCAAGCACCUGUCUGGGCUGCGUGUCGUCCAGAAGAACCUCGUAUACGUUACCGGUCUCACGCCCACCAUACGCGAAGACGAAUUACUCAAGACCCUCCGCGGUGACGACUACUUUGGGCAGUACGGCAAGAUCCUCAAGAUUGUCGUAAGCAAGGCCAAGGAGAACGCUCAGCACCAGCAGUCGGUGGGCGUCUACGUAACAUUCGCUCGAAAAGAAGAUGCGGAGAAGUGCAUCAAUGCUGUCGACGGUUCCCAGAACGGCGAGAGAACACUGAGAGCACAGUUUGGUACGACAAAGUACUGUUCAGCGUACCUCCGCGGCGAGACCUGCAACAACCGCAACUGCAUGUUCUUGCACGAACCUGGCGAGGACAACGACAGCUUUACCCGCCAGGAUCUCUCCAUGAUGAACUCGAUCCAGACGCAACAACCGUCACAGUCGUCGACAUCCCGAGCCGCACCUCCUGCGCACCAGGGUCCACCCGUUGCUGCCGCGACACCGAUGAAUCGCCAAGACAGCAACGACACGUCGAGCUCGAUACACGAAGCACCUGGCCUACCCGCAACGGCAAACUGGGGCAGCAAAGCGGUGCUGGAGCGUCGUGCAAGCCGCUCAACAGUUGCUUCGAACAACGCCAGUCCCAUGAUCACGAACGCUGUCCCUGCACAAGCAUCGAAGGCACCGAAGCCAGCGGAGGCACCAAAGAAAAAGGGCAAGGACAAGGAAAAAGAAAAGGAGAAGGAAAAGGAAAAAGAGAAGGAGAAAGAGCAGAAAGAGAAGGAGAAGGAGAAGGAAAAGGAAAAGGAAAAGGAGAAAGACAAGUCUCCGCAAGCAUCGAAGCCUGCAACUCCGCCGCCUGCGCCUGCACCCGCCGCACGCCCUGCCAAAUCUCGCGACAACGGCAUUCACGAUCUCCUCAAGGUCAUUUGCUCGCCAGAUUUCAAGUUCGUCUUCUCCAGUGCCGUUCUAUCUGAGGAAGAAUUGAAAGCUGUUACCGAGUUCCCUCAACUCCUGGACCCCAAUGGCGGUGCAAAGCGUCGUGCCAUUAAGGAAAAGAAGGAGAAGGAAUUGGCAUUGCAGCGGGAGGCCGAGGCAGAAGCAAUUGCAAAGGCAGCCUCCCAGCAAGCUCCUGCUGCAGUUGAGCGUGAAGACAACGAGGCGACGGCUGGUGGUAGCUUACAACUUGGAGGCGAGCCCGAAGACGGCCCUGAGACAAGCACCAACCAUCUCAACCAGCAUGCAAUUGCACCACCUGGUCAACAGGGUUUCGGUGGAAACCUCUUUGGGCAGAACACCCCUCUGGCCGAGGACUUCAGCAACCUUGGAUUGAGCAACAGAGGCCUGACGCCACAGCAGCAACAGCAGUUGUUGCUCUCCAACUUCAAGUCCGGCACCCAGUCCACGAAUAUUCUCAGCAACAUGCAAAAUGCUCAGCCUCAGCAGCACAAUGCUCCCAGCCAUGCCAGACACACGUCACGCUUUAGUUUCGCCAACGACAGCGCCUCCGCUUCUGCGAACGUGCAACCUGUUGCAAACCAGAAGCUCAUGAGCCAACAAAACUCGAUGAUGCCGAAGAACGCCAACCAAUUCAACCCCAUGUCUCAGCACCAGCAGCUGGGUGGGCAGUUCUUCACCAACGUGCAAGGUCCUCCUCCCGGACUGAAGCCUACUGGUACACCUCCUGUCAGCGGGACUGGCAUGUUCGGUCAAGGUCACGGUUUCGCUACGGGUGGUCUACCGUACGGGGCUGGUGCGACGGCGAGGAACAACAAUGAUGCCAUGUAUCAGGACUUGCUCCGCAGCCGGAACAUGGACGGUGCUGCUAGGCUAGCUGAUGCUGGAAAGCGUGAGUCAAUGUUUCCUUCUUUCCUUAAUCAACACCCCACAACCUCCACACCUGCACCUGCCCCUGGUCUCCUAAGCUUCCCUUAUGGACCUUCGCCUGGAGCUUACCAGGAGUCUGGUUCGCAGAAAUCCAAGAAAAAGGGUAAGAAGCAUAGGCACGCGAACACUUCCUCCUCUGGAGGAGGUGGUCUUGCCGAUGUUCAGGACCCAAGUAUCUUGCAGGCAAGGUUGCACCAAGGCGACGAUGCGCCUUUGAGUGCAGAAGAACAAGCGUCUAUCAAUGUGGAUGCACUUGUUAACGACAGCGACAAUGAGCCAAUCCGACCAAUUCUGAGCACUCCGCUGAGCGGCCACUUUUUUGAGCAGCCCCGUCGAUCGACUCCUACUAUACCGCCUGGCUUCACAGCGCCAGCCAUACCCAAAGCGGUCCUGGAAGAGUCGCGCUCUCGUCCUGGGUCUCGACCAAUGUCACGAACUACAUCCUCGAACAUUACACCAGCCGUGCCUGUCGUGCCUGCUACGCCGCUUGUCAACGCAACGCCUGGCAAGACCAAGGGCAAGCAGAAGAGCGAUGUCGCUGUACCGGCAACACCUACAGCAGCUCCCCCGGCGACCGCUGCGGCCAAGCCUUCGCCCUCGACGCCUUCAAGAGCGGCGACUAAAGAAGCUGUCGUUAUCCCUCAAACACCCAAGGAACCUACACCUAGAGAGGCCUCUAGGGCGGCCAAAGAAGAUGUAGUACAGACUCCAAAGUCUACACCAGAUGCGAAGAAGACGGUGUCGGAAACAGCUGCCAAGGACACACCAAAGUCAAAGGGUGCUUCUAAGAAGAGUCAGCCUGCAACUCAAACUACCCCGAAGAAAGAGCCACAGAAGGAGACAGCACGUACGCCUGUCGCGAGUGCGACGCCUACAGCUUCAACCAAGCGGCAGCCUCCAGGCAAGCUUGAUAUCCCAGCUGCUACUAAACUGUCAAUUGAUGAAAGCUCCUCAGCCCCAGGCUCGGCCAAGAUAGACUCCCAAUCGAAGACCAAUCGUUCAAUGCCGACCCCAUCCGCUGGUUCCGUACCCCCAAGUCCUGCCGCGGUGGCCACUGGAUCGCCAAUCAAGCGUACGGGUGCGCCUAGGACUCUGCGCGUGGUCGCAACACCCAAAGCAGAAGUCCCACCGCCUUUGUCUGCGCCAUCAGUGCCGUCUCUGCCCCAGGUAUCAACCGUCGACAAGCUUCGAUCUAGACAAGCGAGUAUUGCUUCUGUCAAUCUACCAGGCACACCAAGCGAAAUGAUAUCGGACACAGCUUCGGUCACUUCAACAUCCUUCUCAAGAGCCAACUCACCACCACCUGUGGGUGGCAAGGUCGGGACUGCACCUGUCAGGAAGAAGACCAAAUCCCAAGCCAAGAAAGACAGACAAGAACGAAAGAAGCAGAUCGAAGAAGAGCAGUUGGAGGACACCAAGUCAGAUGUUGAGGUUGUGCAAGCUCCAAUCAUCGGUCGUAAGAAAAAGGAGAAGAAGCCGACAAGCAAACCAAAGCCUAUCGCAGCAGCUUUCAAGAGUCAGCCAGCCUCGCCCAAGCCAGCUGUGGUCGAAGAAGUUAUUGCUCAGGCGCCGACGACAUCACGCAGGGAUUCUUCAGCGAAGGUCUCGACAACAGCAACGCCUGAACCAGAGCCCGAGCCCGAACAGCCCAAGGACAAGCGCGAGAAUUCCGCUCAAUCGAUCUUGGCUGAUUUGCAACGCACUGGCGAACUCCUUGUAUCGACUCUUGAGUUUUUCAAACCAUUGUCUUCGUCGCUCACUCAUGCCUCUCGCUCUACUCAAAACGGUAACGUCACUGCACCUCCAGAUCUAAAGCUGCAUUUCUCCCAAGCCGACCUUGAUGCGCUCGCUAAAAAGAAGCCGGUACGCCUCAACAGCCAGGAUGGCAAGCCUGACUCUAGGACUCUCAUUACACCCAACGGCAAGUUCUUCUGGGGCUUGACCGAGGAGCUCGAGACGAAAGCACUUGAGCUUGAAAGGCAUAUCGAAGAGCUCAAAGGCCAUGCUCGCUUCCACCCUCGUAAGCAGACCGCACAUAAUCACAACAUGACAAACUCAGCUCAUUCGAAUGACGUACUUCCAGCAAUCGCCACUGCACUCAAGGAGGCAGGCAAAAAGCUGAACACCAACGGCGGGCAGCAGAUGCCGCGACUAGACAACUCUUCCGGGCUUCUCGAUUCAACAAACCUUCCUCUGCCGCCCGUGCAAGUGCAAGACGCGUCUAUGCCUCCGGUCCCUCCCCCGCAGCAACAACAAACACCCGCCGACGCUGGCGCCUAUCUCAAUCAGUACGUCCUCCCCAAGACAGACAACCCGCCGCCGAACCAGCCACGCCCCGAGAUGGCUGCUGUUGGUGGUGCGCCUGGCGCCGGGACAGCGAACAUGUCUGUCAACUCGAACAGAUUCGCAAAGGCAGCUAAAGCAGUGGUUGAAGGAGGAGCAGUGGGAAGCACAGAAAUAGACGGCAUGGGAAUGAUGGCGGCCGAUAGAUUGGGCGGCGUCUUUGUCCAGGGUCUCGAAGCACUUGUAGGUGCGGGACUCGGCUACCAGUCUACGCAAGAGUUUGGCCUCGACGGCAAUGGCAACAUCACGUUAGGCAACGGUAGUGGAGGCGGACUAGACAUGCAGGGCCUGAUGAACGCGAUUGAGACAACGGCUGGCAUGGGUGGCUACGGUGGCAAUGCGAGGAGGGGAAGGGGUAGUGUGCUGACUAUGGAAGAGGCGGAGCAAGCCAUGCACGCGGCGAGGAGGGAGCACGAUGUGCUGGAAAAGAAGCUGAAUGUGCUGAUGAAGAAGAACAAGAAGCUGGCGACUGGCGUAGGAAAGUAG